GCACUUGGUUGAGAUUGAGUAGAAAUGAUGCCUUCCUGCACACUCAACACUCACAAUAGUUGGAUUUUAAGGACUAAUAUACAAAGAUGUUUACAAAGAUGCAUAUUUCUGUGAAUUAUUUGGUAAGCACAUGUGUAUUUUAAGUGAAGAACAUUGUGUUCACUAGUAUUGCAUUCAUGUGGCAGUGUGUUAACAUCUGCCCCAAUGGACAAUCCACAGGCGUGUUUAUGUGCUCAACCUAGUGUGCUUUCUGUCUGGCCCAGCAAAACAUUUGAACAUUGGCUAUUACAUUGCUAGUAAUUAUUUUGGGGGCACUGUGUGCAUCUGCGGCAUAUGGGAGGAAGUCUGAAAAUAGCUGUUACUUCCUGACUGAACGUUUGCAAUGAGGAAGAGUCUUACAGAGAGGGGACAGAGACUCAUUUAGCUUGUCAACGCCACGCUUGCAUCCACGAUACAGCUGUAUUCAUGCUGACCAGCUGACUUCCAAGACUUCCACAUUUGCUGACUGGUACAGUCACAUCAUCUGAUGUGUGUGCCAGAGUCUGAGUUGAUUUCGCUGACUUUGCUGGAUUCUCCCACGUGCUGCUUGUACAGCCUUCCUCGUGUUUUCCUGCUGACUCGACAUGGACAGUGAGGAUUCAGACAAGGUCCAGAUUGGCGAAGAUAAAUUUGUAAACAAGAGCAUUCUCCUCUCACACCUUAACACAUACAACCUUUAUUACAAAGGAGGAGCCCUCCAGUUGAGACACAGAGAGGAGGAAGGCGAGAUGAUCAUAGAGGGUUUACUCAAUGUUUUUUGGGGCGUUCGGCGGCCAAUCAGACUGCAGAUGGAGGACGAGAAGGAGGCAGGCAGGCCACGCCCCUCACUCACAUCUCUGAGUGCCGAAACAGACAUCAACUCACUCAAUGAGGUCACUACAGCAGGCGACCAAUCAAAAGACUUCAGCGAAGAGAAGGAAGAGGCAGGUGAGGAGCAACAGGAGUCGACACACUCCGAUCGUCUCCCCAGGACCAGGAGUGAUGUCGGCGGAAGGAGAAUCAGCGGACGACGGCUUGGAAUCAGGAGAGUCAAGAGAAACCGAUGCUCCUUCAACGGCCACUUCUAUAACCUCAAGACGGCCGUUUUUACCCCAGCGUUCGGCUCUGUGACCAAUGUCCGCGUCAACAGCUGUAUGACGACAGCACAGGUCAUGAGGGUGCUGCUCAACAAGUUCAAGAUUGAGAACAGUCCUGAUGAAUUCAGCCUCUAUUUCGUCCACACGAGCGGAGAGAGACAUCGGCUGAAGCCUAAUGACCAUCCUUUGGCGCUCAGAGUUUUGCGAGGCCCUUGUGAACAGGUCAGCAAAGUGUUCCUUAUGGAGACAGACCAGGUGGAAGAGGUCACCUAUGAUGUGGCACAAUACAUCAAGUUUGAGCUUCCUGUUUUACAAAGCUUCAUUGCUAAGCUGCAAGAGGAAGAAGAAAGAGAGAUGCAGAAACUGAAGAAGAGGUAUGCUGAUAUGCAGCGUAUCAUCAAGAAAUACAUGCGGUCUUUAGCUGAUUCAACUACAUGAUGAAGCUGUUCAAACAUGUAUCAUGCAUCUGAACACCAUCUUUAAAGCACCCACAGUAACAAAAUGGUGCUGUCUCAGGAAAAGGAACAUAUGUUUAGCUAAAUUAUUACUUUUAUUAUCUUAACAUGUUAUAUAAUAUCAUAAUACAGCAAUGUCCAAAGGUACCAUGACUUUCUCUAAAUAAUCUUCAUUGGAUAAACAGCAGAGUGUUACUUAGCCAUCUUUUUCACAAAGGAAAACAAAUGGGUCGGGAAAAAAAGUUACAUUGUUUGACUUUCACGCAUGCACAACGACAAUAAUAAUAAUCAGUAAGAAUGUUAAUUCAAAAUUUGAUUUAAUGUAGAGCCCAUAUUAUGUGAAUAAAUAGACAAUAUGAAGAAAAAUCAUUUUAAAACCUAUUGUAUUUGCCUUGUUUUACUGCAGAAUGUUUGUAAUGAUGUUUAUUGGUAUUAAAAGUAUUUAAUAUAUUUUGUUUGUAAUGUAUUUCACAGAGUUUUUUGCAUAUUUUUACCAUUGAUAAUAA